GACUUUCUUUGGCCAAUGGAAUUUCAGCAGAUGUGAAUGUCAUGCCUGAGAAGAAAUUUUUAGAUCCAACAGUAAUUCCACUUGCUCUUUUCCUUCUAACUCAUGACUGAGGAUGGGACUGCCAUUCAUUUGGGUCUGGAAUAAAGAAGAUAUUGGCAGAGCUAAAACCAAUUUGCAGAUGACGUGUAUAUCAGCAACCAAUGAAUGUCUGUUAUUACGUUCUGGCAGCCCAUAAGGAAACGUGUUUAUCUUGAAAGCACCUGGCAGAGACGGCACGGAUGGAGCUGAGCUGGUGGAAAGACCCCAUUUCUCAAACCCAGCUUUCUACAUGGAAUUAUUCAAAGGGAACCCUUAUCAAGCAGCCUUCCAGCUCCAGUGCCAUCCAUCUUCUAAAGGUCACAUGGGCUGCUUUUUGCCUUUCCCUUCCGUCAGAGCUGAGUGCAAGGGUCCUGACAGAGAGUGCAGACCUGAGACCUUCAAUGAAUGCUUCUGGAAGAUGCAUGUGCUUGAAGACAAGGACAGAACCCCAGAGCAGCCCUGUGGUUCCAGCUCAGGAUGGACCCUCGGAAAAGCUGAGCCAGCAUCUGGCCACCGAGGCCUUGGGCACCAACAGCUGGGAGAGAGACAAGGCCUGCCGGGAGCUCAGUCCUGCCAGAGCACGCAGUGCCUCCUGUGACAAAGACCUGACGCCACCAACUUCCUCCAGGGGGAAGAAGAAAAAGAAGAAAUCCACCCGGAAGAAGAGAAGGAGGUCCCCAUCGUACAGUCCAUCGCCUGUCAAGAAAAAGAAGAAGAAAGGUUCCAAGAAACAUAAGCGACACAGGUCAUUCUCCAAGAAGAGAAGGCACAGCUCCUCCAGCCCAAAAAGCAAAAGAAGGGACGAGAAGAGGCACAAAAAACAAUCACGAAGCCGGCCCCGGAAGUCUCACCGUCACCGCCAUCACCAUUGCCCCUCCAGGUCCCAGAGUUCGGAGACCCGCUCCUCAAGCUGUGAGAGCAGGCACCGCGGCAGGUCCCCCGAGGAAGGGCGGAAGUCCCGCCGAAGGCACUCCCGCCGCUGCUCCAAGACCCUCGGCAAGGCCAGCCCCGAGGCCCGCUCCAGCCACCCGCCCAGCCAGCCCCUCCAGAUGCUCAGCCUCCUGUCGGCCAGGGGUGUAAUCACUGGGUCGGGGUCUGCAGCUGACCUCUUUACCAAAACAGCCAGCCCGCUCACCACCUCCCGAGGACGCUCCCAGGAGUAUGACUCAGGCAAUGACACCUCCUCGCCACCCUCCACGCAAAUCAGCUCAGCCAGGUCACGGGGUCAAGAGAAGGGGAGCCCCGGUGGGGGCCUAAACAAGAGCCGGGAACUCAACUGUGGAAACACCUCUGAUUCAGGGAACUCCUUCACCACCUCCUCACCCCAGAACAAGGGGGCCACUUUGGAGAAUCUCUCCCCCACCAGCAGGGGCAGAGAGUCAAGAGGAUUUCAGUCGCCAUGUCUGGAAUGCGCGGAGGUGAAGAAAUCCGGUUUGGUCCCAGCCACAGCCCGGAGCUCCCCCAUGAGAGGAUGCUCCCGCAGCCCCUCCUAUGCCAGCACCCGCUCUUCCAGUCACUCCUCCCGAUCCCCAAACCCCAGGGCCUCCCCCAGGUACACUCGAAGCCGAUCCACCUCCUCCGGGAAAAGGUCCUACUCUCGCUCUUCCAGCUAUUCCUCCAAGUCUGGCAAGAGGAGUCCCCCCAGCAGAAACUCUCGAUCGCGCCGCAGCCCCAGCUAUUCGCGGUACAGCCCGAGCAGGGAGCGGGACCCCAAGUACAACGAGAAGGACUCGCAACAGCGGGAGCGCGAGCGAGCGCGUCGGAGACGGCGGUCCUACUCGCCCAUGCGGAAGCGCCGGAGAGACUCCCCGAGCCACCUGGAGGCGCGGAGGAUAACCAGUGCCCGGAAGCGCCCCAUCCCCUACUACCGGCCCAGCCCGUCUUCAUCCAGCAGCCUCAGCAGCACCUCCUCCUGGUACAGCGGCAGCAGCGGCCGCUCUGCCAGCCGCAGCUAUUCCCGCAGCCGCAGCCGGAGCCGCAGCCGCAGCCGGAGCCGCAGCCGCAGCCGCAGCCGGAGCCGCAGCCGCAGCCGCAGCCGCAGCCGCAGCCGGAGCCGCACCCGGAGCAGGACCCGCACUAGCAGCAGCUCGGGGUCCCGCAGCCCCAGCCUGGGCUCCCGGAGCCGGAGCCGGAGCUACAGCUCAGCAGACAGCUACUCCAGCACGAGGCGCUAA